AGCCGGGGCCCCAUGUCGCUGAAAUGCACGCAUGGAAUCCAUGGAAGAAAACUUCCCUCGAGGGGGCACCCAGAAAAAAUCUGUGCAGGGAAAAGCGCCCAGACAACCAAUCGAACAGGAUAACUUAUUUGAUACUUGUCAUGAAGAAGGAUCCCAGAAAAGAAAGAGGAUCCACGAUGAUCAAGGAAAGCAGAAGAAGCUCAAAGCAGAGAAAAAAGAAGCCAUUAAGACCAACGCCAAAGAUUUUGAACUUCUCACAGUUGAGGCCCUGAGUGAGGGGAUGUUGCUGGGGGGCUGCGUGAAGGAGUCCAACGACUUCGAGUUGGUGGUCAGUUUGCCUAAUGGGCUCGUGGGAUUUGUGCAAGUGACACACGUCUGCGAUGCCUACAGCAAAAUGUUGAAUGAGCAGGUGGUUCGGGAAGAGCUCCUGGAGGAUUUGAACUCGCUGUCAGACCUGUACCCCCCUGGAAUGCUGGUUAGAUGCCAUGUGAGCAGCGUGGAGAAGACCACGGAAGGACGCCAGAGCGUCAAGCUGUCAAUUAACCCCAAAGAUGUCAACAAAGCUCUGAACCCCACCGCUCUCCGAUCGGGCAUGUUACUCUCUGGCCUGGUGUCUAGUGUGGAAGACCACGGCUACCUCGUAGACAUUGGAGUCAGUGGUGCUAAAGCAUUUCUGCCUCGUCAGAAGUCCCAGAGUUACCUCAAAUCGGCCAACAAAGGGGCCGAGCUGAAAAUAGGCCAGUACCUGAACUGUCUCAUUGAAGAAGUGAAAAACAAUGGGAGAAUCGUCCGUCUGUCUGUCCAUCAGUCGGAGGUUGCUGCAGCCAUUGCAACAGAGGAACAGAACUGGACGUUCAGUAACUUGCUGCCAGGGCUGGUGGUGAAAGCCCAGGUGCAGAAGGUGACCCCUUAUGGCCUUACUCUGGGUUUCCUCUCCUCCUUCACGGGGAUUGUGGACUUCAUGCACCUGGAUCCAAAGAAAGGGAGGAAUUACACGGAAAGUCAGAUGGUGAAGGCCUGUGUCCUCUCCGUCCAUCCCACCUCCAAAGUGGUGCGGCUUACGCUACGCCAGAGCUUCCUUCAGCCUGGCGGCGUGCUCAGCCAGCUCUCCAGCGGUCGGAUCGGCACGGUGGUGGAGGAGGCGGUGGUGAAGAGCUUCCACCCAAAGGCUGGCGCCGUCUUUGAACUGGACGACGGCACGCUGGCUUUCGCCCGGCUGAAGCAUCUUUCGGACACCAAAAAAUCCUUCAGGCCCGGGGCGUUUAGGAUGGGAAGCAAGCACAGGUGUCGAAUCAUUGACUACAGCCUUAUGGACGAGCUGGCCCUGUUGUCUUUGAAGCGGCGGAUUAUCGCUGCUCCGUUUCUGAGAUACCAAGACAUCUGUCCCGGGCACGUGGUGGAGGGCAAAGUGUUGGCUCUGAAACCCUUUGGGAUGCAGGUGAAGGUGACUGAUCACAUCAGGGGGCUGGUGCCUCACCUGCACCUGGCGGACGUGCUCCUGAAACAUCCCGAGAAGAAGUACAGCGUGGGAGACGAAGUCAAGUGCCGGGUGUUAAUAUCCCAGCCUGAAGAAAAGAAGCUGCUCCUCACGCUGAAGAAAACUCUGGUCACGUCCAAACUGCCCGUCCUCGCUAGUUACGAGGCUGCAAAGCCUGGCCUGAUGGCCCACGGCUUUGUUGUGUGCGCUAGGGAGUUCGGCUGCAUUGUCAAGUUCUACAACGACGUUAAAGGGCUGGUUCCCAAGAACGAGCUGAGCUCGGAGCCCGUACCUUCCCCAGAGAAAGCCUUCUACGCAGGGCAGGUUGUCAAAGUAAUAGUCUUAAAAUGUGAGCCUGAGCAGGAGAGGUUGCUGCUGUCCUUCAAGCUGACGAGCAGAGCGGCCUCGGGGGACGGAGGAGAGCACGUUCCAAAGAAGAAUCGGGACGUGACUUACCAAACUGGGCAGAUGGUUGACGUGAAAGUCCUGAAGAAGAAAGAUAAUGGCCUGGAAGUUUCCAUCUUGUCGGACAAUGUUUCUGCGCAUCUUCCCACAAUGCAUCUGUCCGACCACGUGGUUAGCUGUAAACUCCUGUACCGUUGGCUACAAGAGGGGGAUAUCCUCCACAAGGUCAUGUGCCUAAGUGACAAGGGAGGACACGUUACCCUGUGCAGGAAGCCCGCAGUGAUCUCGGCCGUGCAGGAGGAGCAAGUGGUGAGGAGUUUCUCGGAAAUCCAACCUGGCAUGCAGCUGAUUGGCUACGUGAGGAACAUCAUGUCCUACGGCGUGUUUGUGGAGUUCCCCUUCGGUCUAGCUGGACUGGCCCCCAAAUCGGCCAUGAGUGACAAGUUUGUGACGGACCCCAAAGACCAUUUUGAGGUGGGACAGACGGUGGUUGCGAAGGUGACCAGUAUGGAUGAGGAGAAGCAGCGUAUUCUCUUGUGUCUGAAGCUGUCUGAGGUCGGCUUGGAAGACCCAGUCACCGGGAGCUUCUCCUUGCUGAGCCGGUGCUUGGAAGAGAUGAAGGAGAUCAGGGGCGUUAUGAGCAAAAGAAAUCAUUCCAAGGUGGCCCAAAACCUCUGUGGAUUGAUACCUGGGAAGAAACUCCACCUGGUCGUUCAAGAAGUGAAGGCAGAUGGCUCAGCAUUCUUUAACGGCACGGCCACUCGCUAUCAUGUUGGAGACAAGAGCUUGGUCGCGGGGCAGAAAGCAAGAGUCUUGGUUCUCCAUGUUGAUGCCCUCCAGUGCGUGGUUCACGUCUCCCUUCGAGAAGAGCUGUUGAACCCCAAAGCCCAGCGGUUAAAGGAAAACUCCCAGCACACCGCUGUCGUGCAGCACGUAGCAGAAGAGUUUGCCGUUGCCUCACUGGUGGAGGCAGGCCAGCUGACGGCCAUCCCUGUGGCCUCUCACUUCAACGACACGUUCCGUUUUGACUCGGAGAAGCUGAAGGUGGGACAGACUGUCUCUGUGACCUUAAAAACGGUGCAGACGGGGGACUGGGGUGUCCUGUUAGCAGUGCAAGGCCCCGCCAAGAAAAGGGCUUUUGUAAGAUCCCGGAAAGAGUCUGAGACCGUCGAGGAGGCCUUGCUGGCCAUGAAACACUCCCUGCGCGUGGGAGACAUGGUCACGGGAACCGUGAAGUCCGUCAGACCGACCGCCGUGACCGUUGCUAUUGAUGACAAGAUAACGGGCUCCAUCCACGUGUCCCGGGUCCUCGAUGAAGUCCCCGUAGGCACGUUUCCGACCUCCAGGCUGAAAGCUGGGCAGCAAGUGACAGCCCGGGUCAUUGGCGGCAAAGAUGUGAAGACUCACAGGUAUUUGCCCAUCACCCAUCCCCACUUCACUCAGUCCGUUCCAGAGCUCAGCAUUCGACCAAGUGAUCUGAAGGGGGAUGGCAGCCCGGCUCCAAGGCCCUCAGGAGACAGUCCCAGCGAGCGGCUCGGGCCCUACAAAGCUGGGCAGACGGUGACUUGCUUUGUGAAGAAGUACAAUACCAUAAAGACCUGGCUGGAAGUGGAGGUUGCUCCCGAGGUUCGAGGAAGAGUUCCCCAGCUGCUGCUUUCCCUGAACCCCAAGGUCUUAAAGCAUCCAGAAAAGAGCUUCAAGAACGGCCAGGCUUUGUCUGCGACAGUGACUGGAACGGAUGCCUCUAAGACCAACCUCUUCCUGUCACUUAUAGGAGCCCACUCACUGGUGGAAGGAACCAUCACCUUGGGCACCAUAAUGAAGGUGACUCCGCACGUGGGCCUAACCAUUGCGCUUCCUUUCGGAAAGACCGGCAAAGCCGGCAUCUUUCACCUGAGUGAUUCCUACUCUGAGCAGCCGGUGGAGAACUUCAGCGUCGGGAAGCACGUCAGGUGUUGUGUCCUUUGCAACAAAGACAACAAAAUAGAAGUCUCUCUCCGGCAAUCCAGGACAAACCCAAAGAGCAAAAACAAAGUGGAAGAUCCUGAAAUUACAAGUGUGGAGGAUGUUCGAGAAGGCCAGCUGGUCAGAGGCUACGUCAGAUCUGUCAAGCAGUCAGGGGUGUUCUUUGGUUUGUCCAGCUCAGUUGUGGGCCGUGUCCAGUUCCACAACGUCGUCCCCUUCUUCGUCCCGAAACAAUCCCUGUACGAGCAGUACCUGCCGGAGGGGAAGCUCCUCACUGCCAAGGUCCUCAGCGUAAAUAAUAAAGAGAGCCACGUGGAGCUCUCGCUCCUCCCUGCCGACACUGGGAAGCCAGGCGUCCUGCCUGAGCAGCUGGGCCUGCCGCUCUGUGACACGGACAAGGAGAAGGCAGCCGAGUUCAAGAAGCUGAAGGCAAAGCGGAAAAGAGGAGACUCGGAAGGCGAACAGGUGGGUGUCUGCAGGAGGCUAGUUUCCCUGCUGGGGGUGGGUUGCUGGGCUGACCGGGAGAGCAGAAAUGCCUUCCCUUUACUUCUGUCCUGCUUCACCUCAAAGCGGGGCAUGGUGGGUGAUCAAAAGCCAGCUACUUUUAAUAGACACCGCCGUGACAUUUGUGCGGCACAGAGAAAAGAACUCUGUCUGCCACAGAGUGGUGUCAAUGAGAUUGCGUGACCCACAGCUUUGCGU